AUGGAUGAACAGCCGUCUGCUGAACUCAAGAUCAACACCAGCUCUACUCUGGAAACAGCACUGAUCACUUCUAAGGAACUUGACAAUGCUAUCUUUAGCUUUAAGAGGGGAAAAGCAAGUGGCCCAGAUGAUAUCAACCCUGAACACCUUAUCUACCUCGGAAGUCUAAAGGAUGGCCUUCACAAGGGAAAAGGCAAUAAUCCUGGUGAUCCAAAGAAUUAUAGGGGUAUCACCCUCACAUCAACACUCUGCAAACUACUAGAACUUGUCCUUAAACCUCGUAUUGAGAGUUCUUUGUCAAAAUGUGAUAUUCCUGAUGAGCUCCAGUUUGGGUUUCAGAAAGGACAUUCCUGUCUCCUUACCUCGUGCUGCCUUGAGCUGGUCCUUGAACUCAACACUCUCAGCAGAAAGCCUACUUAUGUUGCCCUCCUUGAUGCAGAGAAGGCCUUCGAUAGGCAUCCUGCCUGGCAUCUUGGAGAUGUUGUGGUGCAGACAGCCUCUUUGCAUCCUCACCUUGGUAUCAUUAAGUCCAGCAUCAGGCGAGACCCAACUGAAGACAUCAUCGCAAAAGGGCUAAAGACAUUCUAUGCACUAACUGGAUCUGGAGCUUAUACUGGCGGUCUGCUUCCAAACCACAGUGCCACUCUCUGGAAGGUCUACUGCAUUCCCAGAAUGCUGUAUGGAGUGGCGAUUAUGACCCUCACCAAAGGAAUGAAGAGAAGGCUUGAUCAAGCACAGCAACAGUUAUUCAAGCAAAUCCUGGGCAUCCCCAAAACUGCUGCAGAUGAGUCUGUACUGACCGGCCUCAUUCCACUGAGCACUCAAGUGGAUCAAGAAAAGCUCCUUCUAAUAGGGCAGCUGCUUAAUCUACCCCAUGACCGAUUUGAAUACCGGACGUUCCUGCAUGCUCUCUCCAGUCAAACCACCUCUAUCAAAGCAUGGCAGGAUACUCUUAGUAGAUACAAGCUUCCAGACCUCCACUCUCUCAUUCUGCAGCCUGUACCAUACAGUCAAUGGAAGAAGCUUGUGAAGUGUGCUGGCAGACCUUCAUGCAAAACUGAAAAGAAGGCAAAUGCAUGA